AUGUCUCUUCAAACAAUAGGCAUUGCGAUUAUCGCCGCCGUCUUUUUUGUUAUACGAUAUCUGAAUCGUACAGAUACACCAAAGAUUAAGGGUAUACCUGAAAUACCUGGAUAUCCUCUAUUUGGAAGUCUCUUAGAAUUUGGUGUCAGUCAUGCAAUAGUAGCAAGAAAAUUGGCCGAAAAGUAUGGAGCGGUUUUUCAAGUACGAUUGGGAAAUAAGCGAAUUAUCUUCGUCAAUUCCUUUGAUUCCGUUCGUCAUUUUUGGAUCACCAAUCAAGCGGCCUUGAUCUCACGUCCUACCCUUCAUACAUUUCAUAGUGUGGUUUCUACCUCUCAAGGUUUCACUAUUGGUACAUCUCCAUGGGAUGAAUCUUGUAAGCAGAGAAGAAAGGCUGCAGCUACUGCUUUGAAUCGACCGGCUACUCAAUCUUAUAUGCCUAUCAUCGAUCUUGAGUCCAAGGUUUCUAUUAGACAAUUACUCAAUGAUAGUAAGAAUGGACAAGUUGAUAUCGAUCCUAUCUCUUACUUUCAAAAGUUCGCCCUCAAUACAUCUUUGACAUUGAACUAUGGAUCGAGACUUGAUGAAGUUAAGGAUAAGGAUUUGUUGCAGGAGAUUUGUGAUGUGGAAAGAGCUGUUAGCAAUUUCAGAUCUACAAGCAAUAACUGGCAGGAUUAUAUCCCAUUGUUGAGAUUGUUACCCAAGUCAAACACAGAAGCUAUUGAGUCUAGAGAAAGACGGGACAAGUAUUUGAAUAUUCUUUUGGGCAGACUCAAGAAACAAAUCGCCGAUGGUACAGACAACCCUUGCAUUACUGGAAAUAUCAUCAAGGAUCCAGAUGCAAAAUUGAACGAAAAUGAACUCAAAUCUAUCUGUGUGACUAUGGUUUCUGCUGGUCUCGAUACAGUUCCCGGAAAUUUGAUCAUGGGAAUUGCAUACCUUUCCUCCGAACAUGGUCAAGAAAUUCAAAAGCGAGCAUAUGAGGAAAUCAUGAAAGUAUACCCCGACGGAGAUGCAUGGGAGAGAUGUCUACUUGAAGAAAAAGUCCCAUAUGUUACCGCUUUCGUCCGAGAAGUUCUUCGGUUCUUCACCGUCAUUCCUAUCUGUCUACCCAGAACAAGUAUCAAAGAUAUUGAGUACAAUGGUGCCACUGUUCCAGCGGGCACAACUUUCUACAUGAACGCAUGGGCCGCCGACUACGACCCCACGCACUUCAAACAACCCAAUGAAUUCUCCAUCGAACGCUACCUCGACAACCCCGAAGGAGGCGGUACCCCACACUAUGCCUACGGCGCCGGUUCCCGCAUGUGCGCAGGCUCACAUCUAGCAAACCGAGAACUGUUCACGGCGUUUAUUAGGAUAUUCACGGCGUUUCAGAUUGUGGCGCCGAAGGAUAGCAAGGAUUUACCGAUUCUGGAUGCGUUGGAGUGUAAUGCGGUGAAGACGAGUUUGACGACCGAUCCGUAUCCGUUCAAGGUGGGGUUUAGGGUUAGGGAUCUGGAGAGGUUGGAAGGGUGGAUGGCGGAGGCGGAGGAGAGGACGAGGGGAUUGCUUUGA